CCCGCGGCCACUUCGUGGCGCUGGCCCCGCCCCGGGUCCCGCGGCCGGCCGCCCCACUGGCCCGGCCCGAAUCAGGCUGCGGGUGGUAUGGAGCCCCGCGAGAUGGACCGCUGCUUCAUGGGAGACGUGGGUUUCUGGGUGGAGCGAACACCGGUGCAUGAGGCAGCUCAGCGGGGCGAGGCUCAGCGUCUGCAGCAGCUGAUCGAGAGUGGGGCCUGCGUCAAUCAAGUAACUGUGGACUCUAUCACGCCACUGCAUGCCGCCAGCCUUCAGGGUCAGGCCCAGUGUGUGCGGCUGCUGCUGGCAGCUGGGGCCUGGGUGGACGCUCGCAACAUCGACGGCAGCACCCCGCUCUGCGAUGCCUGUGCCUCAGGCAGCCUUGAGUGUGUGAAGCUCCUGCUGGCCCACGGGGCCAAGGUCAACCCCCCGCUGUACACCGCUUCACCCCUGCACGAGGCCUGUAUGAGUGGAAGCUCCGAGUGCGUGAGGGUCCUCAUUGACGGCGGUGCCAACCUGGAAGCACACGACUGUCAUUUCGGGACGCCCCUGCACGUAGCCUGUGCCCGUGAGCACCUGGACUGCGCCAAAGUGCUGCUCAACGCAGGUGCCAACGUGAAUGCUGCAAAGCUGCACGAAACAGCCUUGCACCACGCGGCCAAGGUGAGGAACGUGGACCUCAUUGAGAUGCUAAUCGAGUUCGGGGGCAACAUCUAUGCACGGGACAACCGGGGAAAGAAGCCCUCGGAUUACACGUGGAGCAGCAGCGCACCUGCCAAGUGCUUCGAGUUCUAUGAAAAGACCCCCCUGACCCUGUCCCAGCUCUGCCGAGUGAGCCUGCGGCGGGCUGCCGGGGUUCGAGGGCUGGAGAAGAUUGCCCAACUGGACAUCCCUGCUCGGCUUAUUGACUACCUGUCCUACAGCUGAGACAACUGCAGUGAGGCCCCAGGAAACCCAGGCUCUCCGAACCCUCCUCUGCUGUCUGUCUUCUCCUGGAUCCUGGACCAUGCAACACUGGGCUGAACUCUGCUGUAUGUGCUCCUGAGUCCUGCUUGCUUCUCCACACCCUCCCUCCGGGGAAAGGUCAGGCAGGUCUAGGACAUCCAUGGAUGGACUCAUGUCCCCACAUCCCCAUGGCACCUGGCAGCUCUCGGAACCAGAGUUUGAGACUUGGGUGCUUCUCAAAAACUUUUUGGGCUCACCCCAUGCUUCACUUCUCAUGGGGCACGAGAUGUCAAAUUUGUCCCCAUGUAGCACACUGUCCCCUUACCAACUUCUCUUCCAUUUUAGGUCUCAAGUCCUUGAAAGCUUAUGUGGGGGCAAAAACACCUGAGGGGACCCUGGGCUACCCUUGGGUCCCACAGGCAAGUCUCAAAUAAAGGGAAGCAGCUGAGGGCCCAAGAGU